AGAUGCCUCCGCGGUGGUCUCCAGUUCCUCUCCGGCCACAGCCUACCCCGUGGUUCCACAUAUCAGCCUCGGCCAGGCGGAGAGCUGCUGCUGUCCAAAUCCUAUUCUUCCGGAAACAGAAAAGGCUUUCUGUCCGGCUUGCUAGAUAAUAUCAAACAAGAGUUAGCCAAAAACAAAGAAAUGAAAGAAAGUAUAAAGAAGUUCCGAGACGAGGCCAAGAAGCUGGAAGAGUCCGACGCACUCCAGGAAGCCCGCAGGAAAUACAGAUCCAUCGAGUCGGAAACGGUGCGGACCGGCGAGGUGAUAAGGAAGAAGCUGGGCGAGCUGACCGGGUCCGUGAAGGAGAGUCUUGACGAAGUCAGUAAAAGUGACUUGGGCCGGAAGAUCAAGGAGGGUGUGGAAGAGGCAGCCAAGACGGCCAAGCAGUCGGCCGAGUCGGUGUCCAAGGGCGGGGAGAAGCUGGGCAGGACCGCAGCCUUCAGAGCCCUCUCCCAGGGCGUGGAGUCGGUGAAGAAGGAAAUCGACGAGAGCGUCCUGGGGCAGACUGGGCCCUACCGCAGGCCCGAGCGACUCCGGAAAAGGACCGAGUUCGCGGGAGAGAAAUUCAAGGAGGAGAAAGUGUUUGAACCCAAUGAGGUUCUUCGAGAUGAAGAUGAAGUACGACGAAAGCGACAAUGUGUUGAUCCGGGCGUCCCGGGCCCUCACGGACAAGGUCACCGACAUACUGGGGGGCCUGUUCUCCAAGACGGAAAUGUCGGAGGUGCUGACCGAGAUCCUCCGGGUGGACCCGGCCUUCGACAAGGACCGCUUUCUGCAGCAGUGUGAGAACGACAUCAUCCCCAACAUCCUGGAGGCCAUGGUUUCCGGAGAGCUCGACGUCCUCAAAGACUGGUGCUACGAAGCCACCUACAGCCAGCUGGCCCACCCGAUCCAGCGGGCCAAGGCUCUGGGCCUCCAGUUCCACUCCCGCAUCCUGGACGUGGACAAUGUCGAUCUCGCCAUGGGCAAGAUGAUGGAGCAGGGGCCGGUGCUCAUCAUCACCUUCCAGGCCCAGCUGGUGAUGGUGGUCAGGAACCCCAAGGGCGAAGUGGUGGAGGGCGACCCGGACAAGGUGCUCCGAAUGCUGUACGUGUGGGCGCUCUGCCGGGACCAGGACGAGCUCAACCCCUAUGCAGCCUGGCGGCUCCUGGACCUCUCCGCCUCCAGCACCGAGCAGAUCCUCUGAGCGCAGCCGCGGGAAGGUCCGGGGCCGGGGCAUCAGAGGCGGUGGUGGCAGCGGCACUCGCACAGGACACGGCUUGCAGCAACUCUUGCUCCGGGGACAGGACUGUGGGCUCUGCCGGAGCUCGGGCAGGGCGGCUGCAAGACCAGCUGGACCCGGGAAGGGCCGCAGGCUGCUGCGC